GUGUACCCACCAGCGAUGGUUGAGACGAAGAUAUUGGAGCAGAUGGAAGAUAUACACUAUGUGAUGUUAUCACGUCAGAACGAAGUGAACUAUUUGCGACAAGUGGCUGAUUAUGUGGUGAUUAGGCUGAUCGAUGAGACUCGCAUCGCGGGACGUGCCAGCGAUGACGACUCGCCGCUGCAGUAUAGCUGUUCGGUUUAUAAUCGCACUUGGCCGAGUCACGUAUGUCGUCAUUUCCUGCGUGAGCUAAUCGUUUUCACGUUUUUGCUGCCCGUUCUGGAUCUGAUCGCCGACCCAGAUACAAUCAAUCGAUUGUUGAUCUUAUUGUUCGAUCCAGAACCGAUGGACAAGUCGUCACAACCGCAGGUAUGA